UUGUGGACAACAAGUUGCACGACCGCACCUCCCAUGACAGCCCAGAAAACAGGACAAACGAAGACAAACAAACAGGGAAGCAAAAGGAAAACAACGGACUCUUACUGACCGAAAUUGUUAAAGGAAUUUACUGUGGCGCGCCGUGCGUAAAAAGCGCACCGGGCACUUUGCUGCGCGCUCGAAUUCAGGGGCGACGUUUGGUUUUCGUUUCUAAUUGACGUUUACAGCUUGUUUUCGGAUUUUCAUCCCCCGCGGGGCUGAAUAAAUAAUGUUGAAAAUGACAGAGGAGCAUGACAAGUGUGUCAGCGACCAGCCCUGCAGUCCGUCGGGCACAAACAGCUCCAUGUCCCAGGACGAGUCCGACUCUGAUGCUCCAUCCUCACCGACCGGAUCCGACGGCCAAGGAUCUCUGCUCAGCGGUUUGGGCAAGAAACUGGACUCCGAGGAUGACGACCGGUUCCCAGCUUGCAUACGGGACGCCGUUUCUCAGGUGCUCAAGGGAUACGACUGGUCUCUGGUGCCCAUGCCCGUAAGAGGGAACGGAUCCCUGAAGAGUAAACCCCACGUCAAAAGACCCAUGAAUGCGUUCAUGGUUUGGGCGCAAGCGGCCCGCAGAAAGCUGGCGGAUCAGUAUCCACACCUGCACAACGCCGAACUGAGCAAGACGCUGGGGAAACUGUGGCGCUUGCUCUCAGAGAGUGAAAAGAGGCCGUUCGUAGAUGAGGCAGAGAGGCUCCGGGUUCAGCACAAGAAAGAUCAUCCAGACUACAAGUACCAGCCUCGGCGACGGAAGAAUGUGAAACCGGGCCAGAGCGACUCAGACUCAGGAGCAGAACUGGCACAUCACAUGUAUAAAGCUGAACCAGGGAUGGGAGGACUGUCAGGGAUGACUGAUGGACACCACCACCCUGAACAUGCAGGGCAGCCCCACGGUCCCCCUACACCACCCACUACUCCCAAAACAGAUCUGCAUCACGGGGUGAAGCAGGAUCUGAAACAUGAAGGCCGUCGUCUUGUUGACAGCAGCAGGCAAAACAUUGACUUCAGCAACGUCGACAUCUCUGAGCUCAGCACUGAUGUCAUCAGCAACAUGGAGACCUUUGAUGUGCAUGAGUUUGACCAGUACCUCCCGCUCAACGGCCACGCCUCAGGCUCCUCCACCCUGCCCGCAGACCAUAGCCACGGGCCGGCUCCCGCACCCGGCGGCUCUUACAGUUCCUCAUAUAGCCACGCAGGCGCCAACGGGUCAGCGUGGAGUCGCAAGGGCACCAUGUCCUCCUCUUCCUCUGCCGGCGACGUUGGCCAGCACCGGCUCCACAUUAAAACGGAGCAACUGAGCCCCAGCCACUACAGCGAGCACUCCCACGGGUCACCCUCACACUCCGAUUACAGCUCCUACAGUAGCCAGGCCUGCGUCACUUCGGCAACUUCAGCUGCCUCGGCCGCAGCCUCUUUCUCAAGCUCCCAGUGUGACUAUACUGACCUCCAGAGCUCCAACUAUUACAACCCUUACUCGGGCUACCCCUCUAGCCUCUACCAGUACCCGUACUUCCACUCAUCAAGGCGGCCCUACAGCAGCCCGAUCCUCAACAGUCUGUCCAUGGCCCCUAGCCACAGCCCCACCGCCUCCAGCUGGGACCAGCCCGUCUACACCACGCUGUCUCGACCUUAGGGGGACAAGAAACAGUCAGUCCGCACCAGAGACUCAUUCAGAUUGAUGCACUGCUAAUGAAGGACGUAACGUGCAAGUGGAGAAGUGUGUGUAGGGGGUAGUAGGUUACCUGUGACCAUGUGAACGUGAAACAAACAAAAGAAAAAGUGCCUGCUGAUUUUAUACAAAGUUAUAUCGUUCCGAUGAAAACACACUUAGACUUUCUACGAAGCCAAAUUGUGUUUUUGGUGAGCCAAACUCCUCCAUGAGGACGUGUCGCCGACAUCUACAUCCUGUACACCUCCCAUUUUCCCAGUUUCAGACCGCACGUGUGUGCACACUUGAGGUAAAGCAAAGGCCUGCCACUGAAUUGUAUAGGAGCGAAACGAUUUGGCCCACUUUUGUUGCGGAGCAGAUGGAGAAGCAGAUACAGUGGAGAAUGUACACGGGACCGGUUGUGUGAAUUUGCAGUAAAAUUUACAUUAAUGGCCAGAGCUAUAUUGCAGCACAUUUGGCCAUUUGCAUUAGUGGAUCCGUCUUAACUAAAUGGCUCAUAUGAAUCUUACAGUGUAAUUUUUCGCAUAAAAGUCUUAUAUGUAUUUAUGUUAAUGCAUUAUUGUUUCUUUUUAUUGUUCUUAAGUAGAUAAACACAUGUAAUGUGGUUUUGGUUAUUUACAGUACUGUUUGGCUUUUAUUGAAAACAAGGUAAAUGAAGUUAAGGACAGUACAGUGUAUUCAGUGCAUUUGAUAUCAUUCCGUUGAAGACCAAUUUCCUGUCCCACCUCCACACUUUCCUGUCUCCAUUCCCAUUUGCAAGAAAACAGCAGGACCAACAGAAUCGCGCAGGACAGAACAGGUGUCUCAAAGCUAUGCUUGACAAAUUGAGAUUAGUCAUGAUCUAGGGUUAAAGGAAAUGGGGUAAAAUAACACCACACACUCUGAGUGACGUGUCAGCUGGACCUCCUGUAUAUGUGGAUGGACAACUCACGGAUAUGUGUACGUCCAUGCAUCUCUGUGUGUGUGUGUGUGUGUGUGUGUGUCAGGGAGAUGGAGUGCAUCUGUAUGUGAGAGCCAUUUCUGCGCUACAUGAGCUACACCGUAAUACACACCAAUGAUACUUUCAACAACUCUUCAAAUUAUCUUUGAAACUUAUCCGUUACUCAGAGAGGAGUAUUUAGGAUUCAAAGAGCAAAAUAAGCGUGUAUUUGCCCAAAUUUAUAUCAUCAGCCGUCACGCGCCAACUCACCGCUGCAGUCUUUUUUGUGCCUUCUAAUGCUUAUUGUCAGUAUUUCAAUAUGAAAUUGAAUUAUUAACAAACUUCAGGCAGCACACAAUCAGUAAUCCACACCAGGAACUCCUACAGUUAACCCGCUCCUGAUUGUAUCCUUAAUUUGACAUCAUUCCUUACAGCCUUGGUUUAUAAUGUUCUGUGAGAUGCUGUAUGAGAAACGUACAGGGCAUCACGCUCCAAGUUUUGUCCGCAGAACUGUGUUUUGUAUAUUAUUCUGGUGUAUAAUUUUGAGAACUGUGAAAAUUAUUAUUGUUCUAUUAACUAGAGUUUCAUUCACACAUGCACA